CCCCUCGACUGCGCUCUGACGUCAAUCAACAUGGCUGGCAUGCCUGAGCCGCUGGGUUUGGAGCGAGAUGUGUGCCGGGUGAUCGAGUUGCUUGAGAAGCUGCAGCGCAGUGGCGAGAUCCCUCUCCCCAAGCUGCAGGCGCUUCAGAGAGUCCUUCAGAGCAAGUUCUGUGCUGCGAUCAGAGAGGUGUAUGAGCAGCUGUAUGACACACUGGAUAUCUCUGGAGGAGCUGAGAUCAGAGCCCAGGCUACUUCCAAGGCAACGGUGGCGGCGUUCGCGGCGAGCGAUGGCCACGCCCACCCCCGCGUGGUGGAGCUGCCCAAGACGGACGAGGGGCUCGGGUUCAACAUCAUGGGGGGCAAGGAGCAGAACUCCCCCAUCUACAUUUCCAGAGUCAUCCCGGGGGGCGUGGCCGACCGGCACGGGGGGCUGAAGAGAGGGGACCAGCUGCUGUCCGUCAACGGGGUGAGUGUGGAAGGGGAGCAUCAUGAGAAGGCGGUGGAGCUCUUGAAGGCGGCCCACGGUUCUGUGAAGCUCGUGGUCCGGUACACCCCCAAGGUUCUGGAGGAGAUGGAGGCCCGAUUCGAGAAGCUGCGAAGCGCCCGGCGCCGCCAGCAACACACCAGCUACUCGUGAGUUACACACCAGCUACUCGUGAGUUACACACCAGCUACUUGUGAGUUACACCAACACAACACACCAGCUACUCAUGAGUUACACCAACACAACAGCUACUCAUGAGUUACACCAACACAACACACCAGCUACUCAUGAGUUACACCAACACAAACACACCAGC